AUCGGCCAUAACAAGACAAAUGUAUGCAGAAUGAUGUGCGAUGAAUGCGAGCUCAUAGCUUCGCUUAGAGUCGUUGGUUCGACCGUAAAAUGUCAGGUCCUGUAGAGCGAUGGCUGGAGACAUUUAUGUGUAAACAAUAUGCUCCUGCAUUCGAAGCUUACGGCUACAGAACGUUAGAAUCGGUUUGUCAACUGAGUCUUAGCCAGUUACAAUCAAUUGGAGUAACCCCUGAUCACUGUGAUAAGAUUUUAGAGAACGUGUCAGUGCUUCGGCAAACAUUAAUGGCUGGCAAAGCCCCAGGUACCCCUGCAGUAGAUCCUGUAGCCAACCCAGCCAGUUCUGCCCUUAUUUCUAUGUCGGUGAAUGCAAACCGAGGCACCAUGAAUCAGUAUCUGGACACCUCGAGGCCUACUUAUAUUCCUGAGAGUAACCAUUUGCCCUAUCCACAGCAUGGACCAGCUCAGAUGGGUCCUAUGGGCCAUCAGAUGCACUAUCCACAACCUUACCAAGGUCAAGGUCAGAUGAUGUCACCUCAUCACUAUAGCGACCAGAGCAGCAUGUACAUGCCUCAUUCCUCACAAUAUCCUGGACAGCAGUCGUAUCCAGGGUUCAGGGCUCCAUUUGGUAGUCAUCCUUCCAUGCAUCACCCUGGCAGUGCAGACGGGAUGAUCCCACCAUCACCCAUGCAUCACCAUUUAAGAGGUGUGUCUCAGCAAAGUUUACAGACAGGUCCACUACAAGGAGGACUACAGUCUGGGCUACAGUCUCCUCAGCAGAUUGCAGACAGCAUUUAUCAUAUGGCCUCUUCCGGGUAUAGUCCAGAGGGGUCUGUGCCUAAAUAUCCUGGACUUGGACAAGGUCUUGGACAAAGCCCCAUGAGUAGGUCACCACAUUACGGAGCUAUGAUGAACAGUCACCCUGGUGGACAGUCCUAUAGGCCUACUUACUCUGCAUACCCAGGGGCAUCACCCUCCAUGUACUCUGGGAGAGGGUCAUCACCCCCAGGGUCUAUCCAUGCUCAAAGCCCUGCCGCAUCAUUGCACAGUAAUCAUAGUAUUCACAGUAAUAGCCCAGGGCCUAAUCAGAGUCCAAGUAUGAUACGCUCUCCACUGCCCUCUCCUAGCGUGGUUGGGAUGAGGUCCCCCACCCAGGGACAACCUAUCAGGUCUCCUGGUCAUCAUUCUAUGAGAUCACCUCUUCAUCAUCCCACCCCAGCUGUUAGCUCACCAGCAACUCAACACCAGAUGGCAUCACCUGCACCCAGCGGGAAUAUCUCAUCACCCAGUCAAACCAAUCAUUACUCACCACAUGGUUCUCUAGGGUCACCAGCUCACACCAGUGCCACAGGACCCCCACAUAGUUAUGGGAAUAACUCUCAUAGUAAUACUACUUCAUAUAGCGAUUUGUCUACCUCCAGUAAGUCUGGUUCUUAUCCUGGGUCUAGGGAGUCUGGACAAGCGGCCAACCCCUUGCAGUCUUUACAAAGACUUGUAAUGCUGCCAGAGGCAAGGGUUGUUGAUCCUAAGAGUGUGGUCAGUGAUGUUAGUGGUAAUGGGGGAGGAGAGGGUGGAAAAAUAUACGAUGGGCCAAAAAACUGUGUAAUUGGGACUGGCCCUUCUGAAGAGGCUAGUCCCAGGUAUAAUAAUAAUCGUGUCAGUUGUAUGGAUGGAGUGCAUUGUGAAACUACUUCAGGGCAGGAGUCAAGUUUUGGUGGGAAAGCACAAGGCAGUACAGAUAAAGUGAAUCGUAGUGAUAAUGUUGGUAGCCCUGAGUGUAUUCCUUUAAAAAGGACAGACUUUCACCACAGCUCACCUUACAGUAUUGCCGAAAAUGCCACUGCUUCAAACUCAAAUUGCAUUGGAGAAGAAAAUGUGCAGGCUGAUAAAUCUGCCAUUGAACCACAAAAUCAUCGUUAUUCUCAGGAGAAUCAUGUGACUAAUGGUCCAACUAAUAAUGAUACUUUGAAAAGUUCCAGAGAAUCUGAACCCGAUAAAAGUAAAAAGAAAGACCAAAGCCCGGCUCCAAAAGGAAAUUCCAGAAAACGACAAAGGUUUCAUUCCGGAAGUAGUCACACAAGUGAGGGGAGUCUUAAUGCAGAUUUGAUGCAAGAAAAUUAUAAAGAUUUGCCAGGUGUAGAGUGUCCUGCAAAGCCAAAGAGAAAGUACACAAAACGGAAAUCUGGUGCAAAAGAACAGAUCAUAAAUGACGAAUCCUUAACUGUUCACAGUUCAAAAAAUGAAUCUGAAAUCAAGAAAGAUGCAGGUCAAAUUAAAGCCUCUAAAAGUCCCAAAAAGCGUGGCAAAAAGUUGUUAAAUGAUAGUACGGUACAAAAUGAGCAAGUGGAAGGAAAAUUGUCACACAGUAUGGGAGAAAAUGGAUUCUUAGAGAAUAUUAAAAAUGGAAAAGAAGUUAAAAAUUCUAAAGGAAAAAAGAACCUAGACUCCAUUAUGAUAGACAGUGAUGAUUGUCUAGAACUCAAAUCCCCAUCUAAAAAAGGCAAGGGUGGACGUCCAAGAAAAAGUAUGGAUAAACCAAAAACUGCAAAACCGAAAGGGAGACCCAGGAAGUCUGUAGGUACUCCCAAGGGGGUUAAAAGUAACCUUGUACAUGAUGAUUCUGGAGGGAAUAUUGAUGUUUAUGAAAUGAAUUCAGAUUCUGAGUUAGAUAUCUCAGAAUCUGUUGAACCUGAUUUUGUUCCCAUGUUCCGUGUUUCAGGAGUAGUGAAAACUUACGAAAGGACUCCUCAGAGUAUUUAUAAACCAAAGGUCACAAGCCCAGAUCAUUGGAAUAGUGUCACAGGGGAUCAGGCCACACCAGUGAACCCACAAAUUGAAAUGCCCAAACCCAAUAAAAAGACAAAAGAAUCCACAAGCAAGUCCAAGAAAGCUGUGAAAGGAAAAUCAUCAGAUAGUUGUGAGGAGGCUUUGUCUGCAGAAAAACUCAAAGACAGUAAAAAGGGAUUGUCAGAAUCCAUUCAUAAUGUGUCAUUAAAUAACAGUGCUCCUGCCUUAUCAGAUUUGCCUUCCUCAGCCAAAGGGGCUAAGAAAAAUGGUGCCAGAAAACAAAAGGUUAAGUCCUCUGACUUAGCAGCAAAUGACAGUGGUAAAAAGAAGGUGAGGAAAAAAAUAACUCACCAAGUUUUUUCUCCAGAAACUAUCGAAAUCCCUGAUGUGUUAUCUUUUGAGGAUGAAGGUGAAGAUAGAGAAGUGUCAUCAUCCAAAAACAAAUAUACCAAGAAGCAGGCAUCGAAAAGGCCUUUGGAUAAAAUAAACAAAGUUGCCAACAACAAGUUCAAUGAUGAAAAGACUCUUAAAGACGAACUUGAGGGAGAUGCUUCUCUGGAAUUUGUAGAAUUAAGUAAGGACAACAGAGAUAUUGGAAAACAAAAGAGAAUAAGAAAUCCAUCAAGUAAAAAAAAGUCACCUGGAAAGAAAGCAACUUCUGUUGAAAAACCAGAGUCCAUUGAUCAGACAGUGGAACCAAAAGUUGGUGAAAAUGAUAGUCAUGCACAAACUGAUGUCACCAGUUCUCAAUUGGAUACUGCAGUAAGGUCUACAACAGAGCCUAUGUUGGACACUUCACAUCCAAGCACGUCGCAAGAUAGUAGUUUUGCUACACCUGCUAGUACUGAACCAGUGAAAAAGAGACGGGGCAGACCCCCAGGUAGUAAAAACAGCACACCAAAAAAGGAAAGAUUGAAAAAGGACAUCAAAAAGGGACGCAAGAAGAAGGGCCAGGAGGAUGUGUAUGACUUCAACACGGACAACGAGGAACUGAAAUCAUUGAAGUUGAAAAGAACAUUUGACAUGAUGUCAGGGAAAAAGAAACUAAAUGCAUUAAGUUCCCACUACCAAGGACCUUACAUUCACCUAGAGGGGGACCCCAGCCAUCCCACCUUGUGCACUGUGGUGAACACACCAGAGGACAAAUUAACUGCAAAAUCUUCCAAGAGACAAAAAACUGUGGCAGCAGUUGUUAACUCUGAGGCUGUGCGCACAUUAACUGAAAAAGCUGCCAUCAUUCCAUCAUCAGUGUGUGCCCCUACUGAUUGGAUAUGUGCCUUGUGUGGUAAAGGCACCCAUCAUGAUGGAUUAGGUGACCUGUAUGGUCCCUACUAUCCUGAAGGGGCGGCUCCAGAAGAGGAGCCAAAACCACCCAAACACAGAAAGCGACGCGACUCUAAUGCCUCUGUAGAGAGCAAAGAGAUGAAAAGGCGUAAAUCUAUCAGUAAAGAUAGCAUUGGAUACAAAGACUAUUGGUUUCACGAGGAUUGCAUCACAUGGUGUGAUGGUGUCUAUCUCCUUGGUAACAAAGUUCAUGGAUUGGAAGAUGUUUUGAGCAUUGCUGCGCACACAAUGUGUAUAGUGUGUAAGCAACCUGGUGCCACUUUGGCUUGCUUCAACAAAGGGUGUGCCCAGAAAUAUCACUAUGGCUGUGCUGUUGAGAAAGAGUGCCAUUUUGAUGAUGACAAUUUCAGCAUAGUUUGUACAAAGCACAAAGAAAAGAAAGUAAAAAUGCUGGGAACACCCAAUCCUCAAACCCCAGACAGCUUGAAAGCACUUUGACCAAACAAUCAGUAAAGAAGGUUGAUAUUGUCUUCACUGGGCAUCUGUGUGAGAGAAAAAGUUAUGAGAAGUUUUCCCAAAUACAUUGUGACAAAAAUGUUGUUGCUUAUGUUUUCAAGUAGAGAUAACUUUGCACUGACAGUGUCAUUUCCUUGCCAGGAACUCAAACCAGCUGUUUAUACUACUGAAAAGUUAUACUGGUCUACAGAUCAACCCAUUUGACUUUUAUUUCAUUUUUUUAUUUUUUUCAAAAUCCAACUUCUCAUUUAUUAGAAUAUGUACAUAAUUUGGAUAUUUUUGUACAAUAUGGUAGAGUAAGUUUAAAGUCUUCUUUGGAGCUUUGAGACCAUUCAUAUGCUGGUGUUGUUCCAGUUAGGUGUACAGGCCCUCCCCCC